AGCUAUUGCUAACUGGCUAGCGCACGAAGCUAGCGAGUGGAAAUGAAUCGACAGCAAAAACGCGGUGUUCGUUUUUACAAGCUGGAACAAAACUCACAUUUAUGUUCACGCUUCGAUAAAGGCACACGGCCACAGAAGGACUGAACAAUGGGCCAACGAAGGAAGGUGGGAGCUGUGAAAGCUCCGUCAUCUCAGAGAGACUCUGCAGAUGUUGCCAGGGUCAACAACAGGAAGCACAACAUCUGCAUGGUGUCUGACUUUUUCUAUCCAAAUAUGGGGGGAGUAGAAAGUCACAUUUAUCAGCUUUCUCAGUGUCUGAUUGAAAAAGGACAUAAGGUGGUAAUUGCCACUCACUCCUAUGGCAACAGGAAGGGUAUCAGAUACCUGACCAAUGGACUGAAGGUGUACUACCUGCCGCUGCAGGUGAUGUACAACCAGUCCACAGCCACUACCUGCUUCCACAGCCUCCCACUGCUGCGCUGUGUGUUCGUCAGGGAACAAAUCACUGUGGUUCAUGCACACAGCUCAUUCUCUGCCAUGGCCCAUGAUGCACUAUUCCACGCCAAGACAAUGGGCCUGAACACAGUGUUCACUGACCACUCACUCUUCGGUUUUGCUGAUGUCAGCUCUGUGCUGACCAACAAGCUUCUGACUAUUUCUAUGUGCGACACUAACCACAUUGUGUGCGUCUCCUAUACCAGUAAGGAGAACACGGUGCUCCGUGCUGCCCUCAACCCAGAGAUUGUGUCUGUUAUUCCCAAUGCUGUUGAUCCCACAGAUUUUACCCCUGACCCCUCCCAGCGCCAAGACGACAGGAUUACAAUUGUUGUGAUCAGCCGUCUCGUCUAUCGCAAAGGAAUUGAUCUUCUUGGUGGAAUAAUCCCAGAGCUUUGCCUCAAGCAUCCUGAUCUCCAUUUCCUAAUCGGUGGAGAGGGGCCAAAGAGACUCGUGCUGGAGGAAGUGAGAGAGAAAUACCAACUCCAUGACAGGGUCCGUCUGCUCGGGGCUCUGGAGCAUAAAGACGUUCGUGGUGUCCUGGUUCAGGGUCACAUCUUCCUCAACACGUCGCUGACUGAAGCAUUCUGUAUGGCUAUUGUGGAGGGAGCCAGCUGUGGGCUGCAGGUGGUUAGCACUCGUGUAGGUGGCAUUCCUGAGGUGUUGCCUGAGGACUUGAUCACCCUGUGUGAACCUAAUGUCCGAUCGUUGUGUGACGGUUUGGAAAAAGUCAUCGCCAAGCAGCGCUCUGGCUCUGUCCCUUCCCCCACCUUCAUCCACGGGAGCGUGAGAAACCUCUACACCUGGAGAAAUGUUGCAGAGAGGACUGAAAAGGUGUAUGACAGAGUAGCUGGAGAAGAAGUUCUCCCACUGGCCAAGCGCUUCUGGAGGCUCCGGUCUCACUGCGGUCCUGUGGCCGGCACCAUUUUCGCCUUUGUUGCAAUUUUGGACUUCCUUUUCCUGCUGCUUCUACAGUGGUUGAUACCAGAUCGGUUCAUGGAUGUUGCUGUUGAUGGCACUGGCCCUUGUGGACUGUGGAGACAGAGAACGGGAAAGCGAACUGAAACAGAAUCCAAACGUGCCAUGAAGCAAGCAGAGAUAUUAUAAACGACUUAAACACGAUGAAAGCACAAUGCCUGUCCUUCAGUUUGGACUUAGUUUUUUUCCAUCAAAGAUGGUCCAGUGCUAGAUUAGAGCUGGUUUUUACAAAAAUGUUUUAUGAAGUUUGAUUUUCCACUGUUGGAAAGCCAAACUGGAGUCACAUCAUUACUUUACAUACACUGUAGUCCCUCAUUUAUCGCGGUGGAUCCGUACCCUGAAGCCCCACGAUAAGUGAAAAA